AUGGGUAAGACGCCCAAGUCUCUACGUAUUGUGGCCCAAGACAUUACUUUGACACUUGUUCUUCCGUACAUCAUUGGAGCCAUCAAUGAGAAUGCGAUGUACAUCUUCGCGGCCAUCAACGUCAUUAGUAUUCCAAUCGUAUGGGCUUUGUACCCAGAGUCGAAUCAAAGAACUCUUGAGGAAAUCGAUUUCCUCUUCGCCGCAGACUCGCCCUGGACGUGGGAUGCGGAGAAGAAGUUCAAAGAGCUCAAAGCCGAGCACGAAAGUCGUGUUGGUGCCGUUCGAGCAGCUGUCAGGGGAGAUCUAGAGAGCAAGGGAGAGAACUCCAGCACCCAUGUUGAGAAGUCGUCUGGUUCAGAGAUUCAAUGA